AUGUCAGAUUCGACUCGAGGUCAAUCUAUUAUCCCACCCCAUCUCCUCUCUUCAAUACCUACAUCAGCUAUCCCCAUCCCUCCUCCCGACCCCAUCUCAUUGAAGCCACCUCAGAAUGCAAUCAAGUCCAAUAUACCUACGUUUCCGCCUACUUCAGCUAGUGGGCCAAGUACGAACCCACCCAAGAAAUCCGGUACAAUUUCAAUGUCGUCUUUACCCACCAACGUAUCUGAUUUACUCUUAUCCAGCCUCCUACCUCCAAACUUACCCAAAUUACCUCCUUCUACUUCUGCAGGAGGAUCUACCAAAAAGGUUAUAGGAUCAGGAGUCCCGAGGGAACUAUCGACUCAGAGGGAAAGUCUGAGUUUGCCGUUGGUUAGUAAUAAUUUUAGGAGGUUCAUGACUAGGGUCGGCCCGAUAUUCUGGUUACAAGAUCGAAUAGAAGAGGUCUUAUUUUGGAGAAAACCGAUAUGGACUUGGGCAUGGAUGAUGACUUGGUCUUUCGUCUGCUUUAAACCUCGUGUUCUACUGUUACUUCCAUCUCUCAUCCUGAUUUUGAUCCUCUUACAUACCCACGAAAAGACCUCUCCUCUUCCCUCAUUAUUAGGCAUAUCAAUACCUCCAUCCAAUCUGACAGAUCGUAAAACUGUACCCGGCUCACCCGAUCUAUCAAAGGCGAAUAGCGGUAAUCCCACUUCUGGAGGGUACAGUACGACCACAACUAAGGAUUCUGAAGGUGAGACCGUCGAGAAGCCCACUGUGGCUCCGAAAGAAUCUGAAAGUGGGGUGGAUAUCUAUAUGAACUUGCAGGCUAUCCAGAAUCUGAUGGGUUUAGUUUCAGACGGAUAUGAUUAUCUCGCUCCUCGACUCACAUCAUUCUUCGCACCCGGAUCGAACCAAUCGACAAUCAAUUCAUCAUCCAAUUUACCAAUAACAUUCACACAUAUGAUACUCAUUUGCCUUCCUGCAAGUUUCCUUCUCCCACUUACACCCUCUUUCCUCAUCCCUUAUCUACUCUUACCGAUCGGUCUCCUCCCUCCCUUAAUCUUCCAUCCGAACCUGACGUCCUACCUACUCGCUCUACCUUCUCACCCGAUAGUGAAGAGGGUGAGAUCCUACGUCGAGGUGAUUCUGUUAGAUGAUAAGCUCUCGGAUGAAAUUGGUAAUAAUAAGAAGAUAGAUAAAGUUGAAGUAUGGGAGAAUCAAAGAUUAGAUCCUAAAUUUUCGAGUUCGGGAUCAUCGACAACGGUCGCUGGGUCAGGAAAGACUGUUGAUAUAUCUUCUGGAAGUUGGGGUGGGAAAUUCCUCAGAGCGAGUGAUAGAUCACCGUGGGUCAAGGUUGAUACACCGACUACCAAAUGGAAUUCUACAACAGGGGAACAAUCCACUUUACCCUCUGGUUCUGGUUCUGGUGAAUUCACUGAUAAAGAGAAGGAGAAAGAGGCAAAGAUGAUUUUGGCUUUGAAAGAUGGAUGGGAUUGGAUACCUAACGAAGAUUGGAGAGUGGACGUAUGUGGAUUAUGGAGUGAGAAUGGUGUUGAUGAAGAAGGAUGGUUAUAUACAGAUGAUUCAUGGCAGAACCCCGCACCUACACCUUACACAGAAGCUGAGAUCCCCAUAAAUGACAAGAACAUCCCCGGAGGACAGGUACAGAUGCCCGGAUUAGCAUUGAGAAGGACGACCAGGAGGAGGAAAUGGUGGAGAAGGGUUUAUGAGGUUUGA